CCAAGUAGCAGAGUUUGGUCUGGAACAGGAGGAAGUCCAUCUAAGUCGAUGUCGCACCACCGUACGUUUGGUUCCACGAGCGUUCACCCGUACGGCAUGGUGCAGCAGCAUCAGAGCUCCCACCUAAACACCUCAACAUUGGGCUACUCACCGCAUUCCCAACGCUCUCUCAGCUCAGUCAGUAGAAGAACAGGUAAGGAGAAAUCUGGAGCACCCCCAAUACAAGGCCUACUAGAUGGAUCAGGAUACCAAAGCUCUCAUCUAGACAGUUCACUGAUUUCUCCAGAAAGAAGAAAGCUAGACUAUUCUGUACAGUGUGCUAAGCUGGCAUCAGCAGAAGAUGUGCCCAAUGUCUCUAGCACAAACCAUGCCAGUACGCCCAUCAACAGACGCACUCCAACUCCUGGAAGCACUCUAACCCCGUUCCAAGGCACAACAUUCCCUUCAGGUCUACACUCAAAUAGUUUUCAGCCAGUAGGAGCGAGCACUCAAGCUGUUUACAAUAGCAAUCAGUCAUGUGCAACCCCACCGUCACCUGCACAACUUGAUCCGUUCUACACACAAGGAGAAAACCUCACUGCUGACGAAGACCUAGAUGAGACUUGGGUAACAGUGUUUGGAUUUCCACCGGCUGCAGCUUCCUACAUUUUACAACAGUUCUCUCAAUACGGCAACAUUCUUGAGCAUAAGGUGGCUGCAAAAGGAAACUGGUUACACAUACAUUAUCAGUCAAAACUACAGGCCAAGAAAGCUCUUAGCAAAAAUGGCAGGGUGUUUGGAGAUGAAAUCAUGGUUGGAGUUAGUCGAUGUAUAGACAAAUCUGUGAUGGCACAAGAAACUAAUAGUCGGCCAUCUUUAUUGUCGACUAGUACGCUAGGGAAGCCGUCUGUAAACAAUCAUGCGAGUCCGUUUGAACAGACAGGUGGAGGCAGGGCCUCCAUCAGGCCUCUUACAGCUGCAUAUCGGGCAGCAAGCAGUGAGCAUGAGGUAGUAGCUGGAAGGACUCCACAGAAAAGUAAUAACGUAAUUUCAAAUGCAAUGGAAUACAUCUUUGGUUGGUAAUCUUGAUCAAGCAGAGAAAUAGCACAUUUUCACUGAAACCAUCCACACUUACAUCCUGACUGGGUAAGGAAACCGAAAGAUGGGUUAUAUUGUUAUGAAUGAACAUUUCUGGGUUGAAACCCUGAUGUUUUAACCCUUAUUGAAUAUAGUGUGCAUAUGUCAGUUUUGCUAUUUUAAAAUGUUUCUUUGAGUACCAUAACAAUGCCGAAUUAUGGCAGUUGAGGAAUAUUCGUGAAGUAAUGAAAUUAAAUUUUUGCUACUCAGUAACCAUAUCAAACCUAACCCCUAACCCAUAAUCUUAGCAAAAAAAGCAAUAAACGUUUUGUGUUAUGGUGAAUACUACUGCAGAAAAAAUGUCAAGUAUUACCGAUAUAAAUAAACGUGUCGUAUUAGGGUUUUAUUCCAGAUUAAUUUGAAAGAUUUCUAGACUUGGAUAUUUGGAAUUGCAAUUGAGUGCAUUACAUGAGAAAAAUAGGCUAGAACACUUUGUACAAUUGGAUGUAAUUUGUAUUUAUGUCAGUGUUAAGAGGAUCACUGUUUCAAUAACACUGAUGAUUGCAAUCAUUCAGCAUCUCUAUAGCUAUAAUAUAAGAGAUAAUUUGAGAAUUCAGGAAUGGCUCAUUUUGCCCAAAAAUUGGUAGGCAUUGUACAGAAUUCGGUAUGGUUGCAUGGCGCAAAGUCUAUAUACAUAUAAAGUGGCUCGUAAUGUAAAUACCUGGCUGUGAACAAAAUGCGUUUUAUAAUACAUUAUUCUAGAAAAUAUGUGCCCGAUACAAGUAAUUAAAUAAAUCUAAUACGUGCAAAAUCUAACGAUACUUCUUGAAUGAUCCUUGUCAAACCAUGUACUAUAAAUAAUUUAGUGCCUUCUGUGUCCUGUUUGUGUUUAUAGUUGGGAUGUUAGGUAAAAAGUAAAGUGACCUAGUGUUAAUGUUCGUUAUACGUAUGCGCCCAGGUGACGAUAUUGUGCAGUGCACAUAAUCUCAACGUAAAAUGUAAUGCAAUACAGAGACAUUAUUCCAAUCGUAGCAUGUAAUAAUUUUAUCUCUUGUAAUGCAGUAAUCUUUUGUAAUCGGUUGCUCUUUAUGUUCUUAUUGUUUCUUAUGAUAAAUAUGUUGUAUAAAACUUUGUAAACAUUGUAAUCAUUUAGCACAUGUUGUGAUUGAAGUAUGAGCAUGGACUUCUGUCAAUUUCUGAAUAAUGAAAUGUUUUUAUUGUUUGGCACUUGAAA